UACCCGAACUGCCUUGGGAUUGACGAGAGAUUUCAAUGCUUCCUUACCGAGUGAAUCAAGUGAUGAGUCGGACCAGAGAUAGCUAGGCGGAGCACACAAGCAAGUCACCUAGGCAGCUGUGCUCGUCACUGUUGCAUACGACCCAGCUUGUACGCGUCGUUACGCACACAGAUUAGCCGCAAACCGUCUCCGAAACUGCAGGUCCUCUCGCUAGCGGCCAGAAGUCUUGCGUCACUUUGCGAGAUUCGCGCAACGAAAUGGCGACAAUCGUCCACUCAAUGAUCUUCGCAGACGCUGAAUCACGAAUGGGAACGAGCGAUGGUCCUAUCGGGAGAGCAAGGAGAAGCAGCAGUAACCAAUGCGGCUGGAAGGGAGUAGCUUUCCUGGAAGAAGGUUGAGCUCACUUCGUUUCGUCUAUCAACCAUAAAUCCUCCCGAUUCGCACCAGCGGUGAGAUCCAGUCGUUUCGUCGAUGUCGGAAAACGUACAUUGCGUGCACGUUUCCGUAAUGGCAAUUCCUGCUGGCCGCUUGUUAGCCGAUCGACUCGCCUGCUGCUGCUGCUGGCUCCAUGUCACGUUGCAUUCCCCUGUGAUUCCGGGCCGACCCUCUCUGAUACCAGCCUCUGAGACGCUUAACGCUCCCUUUCUCUUCACAUGGAGAGAAGGGGACUGUCAGGUGCGAUGUAGCCCCUUCCUCACGCCACCUCUUCACCUACGGCGUACCUUCCUCCUUACUAUCCAAGGUGCACUUUCCUCACGCUUCCUCCAUCGCGCCUCGAGUGCUUAACCCUCCACUCACGCAACCCAGACAACUGAGAGUCUGUCCCCUAGCACUUCCUCUCCACCGUAUGCCUCCCACCUUCACCUAUAAAUCCACCAUUAUGGUCUCCCAAGGACUCAUCAGCUCUAGUCCUUGGCUCUCCUCCCUCUAUCCACCCAGUAACUCUCUGCUCCAGCUUUCCGCCCUCAGGCUCCACGCCUCUCAACCCUCCUUCCUCUCCUAAUCGAGCAGACAUUCUCAUCCGAAUUCAGCCCAGGCUCCUCCGCCUCCAGCCGUGCCGCCAGACUUGCCCCCAAUCCGCCUCUCUUGCAAGCCCUCAUGGCUUGUGGCACUCGCGCGCUGCUGCUGGCAGCGCUGGCCAUGGGCUGCUGGUUGUCUUGGUGUGUGGAGCGAGGGACAUAGCCCCAAGGGAGGCAGGCAAGGCCGUGGCAGGGAAGCAGAGGAAGGGCGCUCGCAUUCUGGCUGCUGAGUCAUUUUCUCACCACAACACACUGCCAGACUACCUCUCCCACAUCCCCCGCCGCAAGGCUCUUGCGACCACGUGCGGGCGCACGACAGUGACGAUCCACUCGCAGAACCUUGGCCGUUCGACCUGAGCAACGACAUCUUCAACAUGAGCUUCUACAACGGCUGCGCCUACAACGCCACCAGCCCGCUGCGCGUGGCACUAUGCUCCAACUUCAACAAUGUGUGGGACGGCUCCCUGGACAACCCCGCGCCCAACCCCACACAGUACCAGAUGGGUCCCAUCUUCGGGCAAUCUUCGGGGGGAUAUUGUGAGAUGUGGAUGAACCGAGGGGCGUCUGGCAAUGUGCAGAUGUUUCCGGGGGAGACGGUGAACAUUGUUUAUGCGUGGACGUAUGCUUUCCUCCCCUGUGCUCAGGAGCUGCGCUUCAGCAAUGGCAACAGUUUCUCUAUGACCAACAAACAACACGAGUGCGUCCCUGCUACCAUCAUCUAGUGGCCCCAUCAACAGCCACCCAUGAGUGCUCCGCUAGCAUCUAGAACUCCCAUGGUAUUGGAGGUCUCUUUGCCGACCUCUGCUGCACUUAGCUGGCCUCUGCUGCCCAAGCUCUAGAGUUGCUUCUAAAUGCUCUGAGUUUAGUGGUUGCAGCAGCAGUGCAAGGGAGGUUAUAGGGGCAGUAGACUGACGGCAGAGAGGGGAUGCUUGCUGUUUCAGCUGGCGUGGCAGGUGCGAACGGGGACAAUAUACAGCUGCAAAACCCUUCAGAAGGUAGGGAGUUUCCGCCACCAGAUGUGACGGUGGGCCUGUCAACGUACAACCGAUCUCUACUGGUGGGGAGUGAUGGCACGGCACCUCAUACAUCUACUUCAUCAGCGCUUCUAAUUUUAAGA